UCCUCCUACUCUUCUUCUCUUGAGCCCACCUUAAGCAGAGGUGAAAGUACAUUCCCGCUGGAGUAAAUGGAGCAAGCUGUGUUCUUUUUCCUCGCCUGAGGGACGAGGAAAGGAUAAGGGACAAAGGAGGGGGAAAAAGUGCUCUUAGGGUUUUUCUUGCAUUUUUUCCCUCCAUCACCGUGGGAAGCUGCUCGCGUCGUCAUCCUGUAGUAUCGCGCCGAUGAUGAAACACUCUGGAGAAGGUUUUACGCGUGAUACGAGCAGUGUUUUGCGCUUCCGUUAAACCACGAGAGACAAAUGCAUCCAGUUGUAACCGGCAUUCAGACCAUCUCCUGCGUUUAAACCAGUCACACACUGGAUGCAUUUGAUUGCGCAUAAAUUUUUUGGAGCUGCCACAAGACGAUUUGCAUUUACGCAUGCACGUGAGCGGACUAUACUGAGCUUUUUUUGUAAUCUCCUACAUACCACUUGGAUCACUUAAAAAAUCGUAAUAUAAUCAAAGAGUGAUUUCAGCAUGCUGAAGGCGCUGUGUGUCCAAGUUUUGCUUUGGAGUUUGGCCAAGGCGCAGGUGGUGGAUCCUGAAGUGGGACUGACUGCACAAGAACAGGUUCUCCUGCUGUAUGACAUCAAACUGCAGUGCCUCCAGAACAUUUCGGAGCAUGAUCCUGAAGAUGACGUGUGCGCCCCUGGAUGGGAUGGGCUCAUUUGCUGGCCUCAGGGGUCUUCAGGAAGCCUUACCAAAGUACCAUGCCCCAGAUACAUCUAUGAUUUCAAUCACAACGGCUAUGCAUACCGUAAAUGUGACGUGAACGGAACCUGGUUCUCACUGGAGAACAGAACCUGGGUAAACUAUUCAGAAUGUCUGUGGUUCCUGACACCAGGCAAGGAAAGAGGCAAGAGGGACUUUUUUGAGAGACUGCACAUCAUGUACACUGUUGGCUAUGCCGUAUCAUUCAGCUCCUUGCUGGUAGCCAUUUUUAUCAUCGGCUACUUCAGGCGUCUUCACUGCACCAGAAACUAUAUUCACAUGCACCUGUUUGUGUCCUUUAUGCUGCGUGCCGUCAGCAUUUUUGUGAAGGACCUGGUGGUGGAUGCUAACGGCGGCAUGCAGCAGUAUGACGCGGCCCUCAUGGACAACAUCAAUGUGGUUUCCAUUAGCCCUCUGGACAAGACUCAGUAUGUCGGCUGUAAGAUCACUGUGCUACUGUUUAUCUACUUUCUGGCCACAAACUAUUACUGGAUCCUGGUGGAGGGACUUUACUUACACAGUCUCAUUUUCAUGGCCUUCUUCUCUGACUCCAAGUACCUCUGGGGCUUCACACUUAUAGGAUGGGGUGUUCCCGCUCUCUUUGUCUCAGCUUGGGCUGUGGUCAGGGCUAUUUUAGCAGACGCACGGUGCUGGGAACUGAGCGCAGGCAAUAUUAAGUGGAUUUACCAGGUCCCUAUUCUAACAGCAAUUGGACUCAACUUUAUCCUGUUUGUGAAUAUCGUGCGAGUCCUGGCCACCAAGAUCCGAGAGACAAACGCAGGCAGAUACGACACUCGCAAGCAGUACAGGAAACUGGCGAAGUCCACACUGGUGUUGGUGCUGGUGUUUGGGGUGCACUACAUUGUGUUUGUUGGGAUGCCACACACUUUUACUGGUCUGGGCUGGGAGCUGCGCAUGUACUGUGAGCUAUUCUUCAACUCUUUUCAGGGAUUUUUCGUGUCCAUCAUUUACUGCUUCUGCAAUGGGGAGGUCCAGACAGAGAUUCGAAAGACGUGGCAGCGAUGGACAUUAGCAUUUGACUGGAAGGGUCCAGUCGUGCUGGUUAAUUAUCGCUACCGCUCAGUGUUGACGAGCGUCAACAGCAACAGCAGUGUUCAGUCCCAGGUCCCGGCCCUACUGACUAACCGAGUGUAUCGCUCGUCUAGACGAAGCAGCAGCACUUGCGUCUCGCACAACAUGCGUACGCACUCGCACCUCACCCUGCCCGGCUACGUCUUCAGCAACUCAGAUGCUGAAAGUCUGCCUCCGUCCAUCCGUGAGGAGAAUGAGGAGCAAGCGAAACGCGUCGACGACAUCACACUUAGGGAAAGCACAAGAGCUUUUGUCAGAGGAGGUACCAAAAGUUCGGACGACAUCAUCCUGGAAGGGGAGGCCAAGCAUAUCGAUGCAUUCGAAGAGGAUCAGGCGUUUGAUGGUGUUGCUUUCCGUGAGGAUGGAAAUGGUGCUGGGGACAUCAUACUGAAGGACACAGUGCAGGUGCGCUAUGGCGGUUUGGAUCAGGAGGAAGAACUGGAGCUGUAGGCGGACAAGGAAAGGCUGUGUGUUAGUUUCCCUUACAUAUGCAACACUGCUGGCUUGAUAUCGUCUUUCUUUUGCAUUCCAAGGUGUGAGACACAUGGAAUCUUGUGUCAAGUGCCAUUAGAUUGUUGUAAAUGGAAUUGCUGUGGAUGGAUUUCGAUUCAGAAUCAAUUUGCAGACUCGCUUCAAGUAAAGGAAAUGAACUUUGUCCACAAUAUCUCUGCAUGUGGCAAUCUGUAAAACAAAUUAUCAAACAAAAGCUUACUAACAUUUGAAAGCUGAUAUCAAAGCAAAAAUAAGAGACAGAGAGAGAGAGAGAGAGAGAGAGAGAGAGAGAGAGAGAGAGAGAUUUUCUAAGAAAUAUUACUACACAAACCUUCAGUGUCACUUAAUGGUCGCUUUCAUUUUACUGUCAUUUGCUCUGGUUACUGAGUGAUGCAAACCAAUUUACAAAAAGACACAGAACAUGACUCCUUACAGCAGCAUCGUGCUUCUCAACAGCUGAAGCUCUGAAGAUCUUAAAGAUCUGUAGAAAAAUGAUAGACAGCAGCAUGAACUUUCCAUCCAAAAAUCAGCCUGCACUCUGUAUUACUCGAACACUGAUAUAGCAUGGAGCUUAACGACAAAAUUUGCUCAUUUUUACUGAACCUCCUGGCAGGCCUGGACUAGCAGAGGAAUUUUCUUUGACUGAGUCUCUAUGAAUACUGUCCUUGUCCAUGUAGUGACUAUCUUCUAUUUUCUGAAGAGGUUUGAGGAUGUACUUGUAGCAUGAAUGCAUUUACAGCUGAAUUCUACAUCUCGUUUUGUGCUUAGCUAGCUAACGGUGCCCCAGCACCCCCUUUUUUUUACGCAUAAAUCUACAUUACAUGUCAAGGACAUCUAGUAAGAAGGAUAUUUCUUCUACAUAAAUGACAGCCGAGGGUGGUCCGGCAAAACCAAAUCUACUUGUUUGACACAUAGAAAACAGAUCAAUAACACAAACAAAGUGCACAGCCACAGGAUGUGUUUUUGAUGAUUUGCUGCUUUUGUUUUCUGUUAGAACCAACAUGCUUUUCUGGCAUUUUCCUCAAAAGCAAAUGCAUGACCACUGAGCAAGAUGAGAUUUCUAUAUGGCAAUGUAUUUGUGUAGAAAAUGUGAACUAAGGUUCCAUUGUUAUGUGCAUUGUUUAUUAAAAAGUGAUUAAAAGUGAGAAAAAACUGUGAACAAU